UGAAUCACCGUGCUAAUGGCUAAUUUUCGCAAUAGAAGUACUUGUGUCCGAGUCCAUUACUUUCUCUGCAAAACGUUAAUCCAUGUCAUCUGCGGUGAGACACAGUCGGUGAGAGGAGCACCACCGCUCACCGAAUGUAAAAUCCCCAAAACUCGAAGAGGACCCCUAAAUCCGGAAUUCGUCCGUACAACACUCACCGUAGAUAUGGAAGUCGAUCCUCCAAAGAAACAAGAAGAUCCCCAAAUCAAAGAUAAAGACCUCUUCAAAGCGGCGGAGACCGGCGAUUCUUCCACAUUCAAAUCCUUCUCGCAAGACCAGCUCUCCAAGUUUCUUAAACUCCGAAAUGAAGACGGUCGGUCUCUCCUCCACGUCGCCGCCUCCUCCGCCCACCCCGAGGUGGUGAAAAUACUCUCAGCUGCCGCUGAUGAAUCAGUUCUGAAUAGUUCCGAUGAAGAAGGCUGGGCGCCGAUUCACUCUGCCGCGAGCAUUGGUAAUUCGGAAAUUAUGGAAAUUCUGUUGAGCAAAGGAGCGAAUGUUAAUUUGAAAAACGAUGGUGGCCGCACGGCUCUCCACUAUGCUGCUAGCAAGGGACGGUUGAAGAUUGCUGAACUUCUGAUCUCGCACGGUGCAAAGAUUAAUUCGAAGGACAAGGUAGGAUGCACCCCGUUGCACAGGGCAGCUAGCACCGGAAACUCGGCAUUAUGUGAAUUCCUAAUUGAGGAAGGAGCAGAUGUUGAUGCUGAAGACAGGGCUGGCCAAACUCCUCUUAUGAAUGCAGUCAUUUGUCAGAACAAGGAGGUAGCCCUCCUUCUUAUAAGACAUGGAGCAGAUGUGGACGUAGAGGACAAGGAAGGAUAUACUGUUUUUGGCCGAGCUUCAGAUGAUUUUAGACCGAAAUUGGUUGAUGCUGCCAGGGCUAUGCUUGAAGGAUGAGUGACUCUUGGUGCGUGGCUGGAGAGUGGUGUGCUCAUUAGAAGAAAAUUUCUGGACAAAUUGCACAAAUUACGGACAAAAUGAAAACACUCUUGAACUUUAUUUUGUUUUUAUCAAUCCAUCUUGUGAAGAAUCUAUUGGAGCAUUGAAAUAGGAGUUUUGUUUAGAUUUAUUAGGUGAAGGAUCAAUGUGCUGCCUAUUUUCAACUAGAUUUCCGUCCCUCCCCAA